UUAACCGAAAUAGGAAGUAUAUGUCUUUUGUAUUUGAUAUAAAACAGCAAAAAAUCUGUCCAGUUUUAGUUUUGUUAUUAAAUCCCGUUCUGCCCCUUUCCGGUAAUAUCUUUAACCUAGCAUAAAUGCCUUGGUAAAAUGUAAUUGUUUAGAAGAAUUAUAAUUUCUUGCUUUGUUUCAUAAGAUUCAAUAGAGUAUUGUGUGCAAAUUUACGGUCCUAUACGAGAUCUUCGUCUCAUGUUUGUUUGGUUAAAGAUGCGUCAUUGUUUGUGUCUAUUGUUUUCAUUGAGGAUCUGAUUACUUGCUAAAAUGACAAGCAUACAAUUUGAUUAUUCUACUUUAUCGACUUCAAUCAGUCGAAGUGAGUUAGGUUCUAUCAUAAAUCGACACAUCGUGGAGAACGAAUAUGAUAUUAACGAGGAAGCUAGUUCUGAAGGAUCAAGUACUACAAACGAAAUUUAUGUCCAUCCACCACCACCCGACAGAUACAAGCUGGUUUAUUUGACUUUUGGUCUUCUUGGUAUUGGAACUCUUCUCCCAUGGAAUUUUUUCAUAACAGCAAAUGAUUUUUGGAUGUAUAAAUUCAGAAGUACUACAAAUACCACCUGUGUUCAUACUUACAAUAAAACUGACCUUCAAGCUGCUUUUACAAGCUAUCUGGCUGUUGCUAACAAUGUGCCUUAUGUUAUAUUUCUCAUAUUAUGCACUCUUUACAAUAAUAGGCUAUCUAAAAUGCUCCGUAUCAUCAUGCCCUUAAUUGUAAUGUUCAUUUUAUUUGCUACUGUCACUGCGUGUGUGGAAGUCAACACUGAUAGCUGGCAGAUGGGCUUCUUUUCUUUAACCAUUUUAAUCAUCAUUAUCUUAGGAGUUGUAAGUGCACUUUUGAAUGCUGGAGUGACUGGUGUUGCUUCUCUUCUUCCUGCCAAAUAUAUGCACAUUAUGGUAUUAGGACAGGCUCUUGCUGGUGUUCUUGCUGCUGUAUUUCAAAUUUUGUCUCUGCUUGGUCACUGUGAUUCUGUCAAAAGUGCCCUUAUAUACUUUUUUGCUGCUGAUGCUGUCAUAGUUUUCACUUUGAUUGCAUAUGGUGGUAUUCAGAAAUCAACAUUCUUCAUUCAUCACAUGUGUACUAUAAAAGACGCAACUGUUUUGAAAGAUGUAGCUGAGCCUCAAAUAAUGACAAAUCUAUCUAUUUUUGUUCUAUUGAAAAUGAUUUGGCCAUAUGCUGUAUCUGUCUUAAUUACUUUUUGGGUCACUAUUGGAAUAUUUCCUGGUUUAUCUGUACUUGCAUUGCCAGAAACUCAUGAUUCCUUAUGGGGUGGUAAAUUGUUUUUGCCCCUCACUUGUUUCUUAAUGUUCAAUGUCAGUGAUUUAUGUGGUCGUGCUGUGGGAGGUUGGUUGCCUGUGCCUCAGUCUAGACGAAUGCAACUACUUUCAGCAUGCAUUUCUAGAAUUGCAUUUUUUCCACUCAUCAUGUUGAGUAAUCUUCACCCACGUCGUAACUUGCCAAUUAUAUUUCCCAGUGAUAUUUACUUCGUUGCAUUUAUGACUUUGCUCGGUUUCACAAAUGGAUAUUCUGUGGCAUCUGCUUUGCUAAUAGGAGUGAAGUCAGUGAGUCCAUCUUUACAAGAGCAGGCUGGAGUUAUUCUAUCAGCUUUCUUGGGUGGUGGUCUUAUGCUUGGGGCAUUUACUUCGUAUAUAUGCAUACAAAUUAUCUAAUUUAUUUUAUACUUAAAGCAGAUUUUGUAAAUAUUUUGUUAUUGAAUUGAGAAUAAUCUUUUAUUACAUGAACUUUUGCAUUUUAAGAGCUUCAUAUACUUUUCAUUUGAUCUGUUCUUUCACAUAUUUAUUACUGUAUAAUUGAGAUUUACAUAUCUUUUUCUCUCACUUAUCUAAAAGUUUAAUAUUAAAUAUCUUUUUGUAAUAUAUUUACUUUAUUGUAAGAAAGAUAAUUUAAAUUUAAUCUGCUUAAUGUAUUACUAAAAGUUUGCUGGUCUGUAUUUUAUAUAUGUAUUUUAAAUCAAAACUUACAUUUUUGGAUUAUUACAUGAACUUUUGCAUUUUAAGAGCUUCAUAUACUUUUCAUUUGAUCUGUUCUUUCACAUAUUUAUUACUGUAUAAUUGAGUUUUGCAUAUCUUCUUCUCCCAUUUAUCUAAAAGUUUAAUAUUAAAUAUCUUUUUGUAAUAUAUUUACUUUAUUGUAAGAAAGAUAAUUUAAAUUUAAUCUGCUUAAUGUAUUACUAAAAGUUUACUGGUCUGUAUUUUAUAUAUGUAUUUUAAAUCAAAACUUACAUUUUUGGAUAAAUUCGUGUGUGUCAAACUUUUGUAACUGAGUACAAUUUUAUACAUUCCCACCUUUUAUUUGUAUUAUCUCAUUUUAAUGUAGUUUGCUUAGCAUUUAUACAUAUAGUUUGAAUAUAAAUAAAGUUUCAAUUUUAUUGUCCA